AUAAUAAUCAUAAUCAGCGAGGCAGUUGCUUUACGAGUUUAUACUUUACCUAGUGGCUGGAGCUUCACGAAGAGGUAGUAAUGUAAUGGAAUGGAACUUUGAUAUUGAAGCAGAAAUUGGCCGCCAUUGAUUUAUUCACUGAGCUCAGAGAGGUUAGAGCACAUCACAUCACAUAUCAUGCCUUCAAUUUGGACACUGCAGUUUCGGACUCUUUCUGUUCCGCCCUCCAUCGUCAUCUGUAGCAGCAGCAACAACAGUCAUGGCAGUGGCGGUGGCAAUGGUGUUCGUAUAAUUAGGAACGGAAUCUCCAAAUGGUGCUCCCUAAUCACCACUCGCACCAACCAGCUCAGACAAGACUCCGUUAAUUCCGUUGCAAAAUUCCACAAUCACCUAUUUACUUCCAUCCUCAAUCCUCCGCCUCCUCCUCUUUCCUUUCUGGUUAAUGGAGACGGUGGAAUGAAGUAUCCGAUUUGGAUGUGCGUUGUGGCUCUUGUUUUGUUUGUGGGAGUGAGAGCAUUUGCAGAGAGAGUAUUCUCCCAAAGAAACCACCGCCCUGGCUCCGUAGCUGAUCUUGUCAGGCGUGGCCAACUCAGAUCCGAUAGAAGAGGCAUUUCUAGGCCUCUUAAGUAUGAAGACCCGUUCAAUAAUCCAAUGGUCAAGGUUGGUAAAAGCAACUCUACUGUUGAAAUGUGUGGCAAGGUUUAUCGUUUAGCACCUGUUACACUCACCGAAGAGCAACAAGCCAUCCACCAGAGAAGGAGAUCACGCGCAUACCAGUGGAAGCGACCAACCAUGUUCCUUAGGGAAGGAGACACUGUUCCUCCAGAUGCUGAUCCUGAUACAAUCAGGUGGAUUCCUGCAAAUCAUCCCUUUGCAACCACAGCCACUGAUCUUGACGAGGAGCUAGCCCAAAACAAUGUGUAUCAAAAGCAUGGAGUUCCUUUCCGUAUUCAGGCUGAGCAUGAGGCGCUGCAAAGAAAGCUUGAAGCUCUACAAAAUGAGCAAAAACUAAAGAAAGCAGUAAUAGAUCCCGCCACUGCUAGAGAAUUUGAGAGGCCAUUCAACUCCCUUGCAGAGAAGAGCUCUGUAAACAAUCAAGUGCCUGAUUCCAAGCCCUCCAAAUCAGAUAUUGGCUUAAAUAAUUUGGAAGGUAAAUCAUCUUCCCAAGAAGAUUAGAAUCUUUAAAUGAUGGACACAGCUUCUGCUUACAUUGUUUUACGAGUUAAAUUUUCUCUCUGGCGGGCUAUGAAUCUCCAUGACAACAUAUAUGGGAAGUGGCCAAAAUUUUUGCACUAUUCAAUAUUCAUCGAGGUACUUUGGGACUGUGAAUUUGUAAAGAUGAGCACUGUAAAUAUUAAUUUAAUUGCUGCACAUUGUCGAGC